ACGGAAAUAUAUCGACAACGGACAAAGCAUGGGGACCCGUGUUACGCUGCAUAAGAUAAUGCGGUUGUUGGCUGUGAGAAAUGCCGCCUGCUCUGUGGUCUGUCCGCGUCACUUUGGGAGAUGCUUCCUCCAGUCCAGGUUUUUCUGCUCCUCCACCAACCAGGCAACGCAGCACAAUCAAGACUUGAAUUCUCCGUCCGGGAAACCGGUUACUGAGCUGUCUGUGCGCUCUUUUAUUGAUAUGGGCUUUACAGAAAGUCAAGCAGAGCAGAUAUACGAGUCUUUGUCCAGUGUCGGAGGAGGUGUUGCCAAACACGUCCUGCCAACCCUCACAGCUCUGUUUGUCCUGGGCCUCAACCCGUCCAGUGCACACAAAGUCCUGGAGAAAUGUCCUGAACUUUACAGCGUCAAAGAGACACAGCUGCAGCAGCGCAUAAGUAACCUGCGGAAAAUAGGCUUAGUUGAAGGCAGUCUUCAGAGAGUGGUGGUCCAUUACCCCAGAAUCCUGACUGUGCCCUUGAAGCGAGUAAAACAUGUGGUGAUGUUCCUCAAAGAGAAGUGCCUAUUUACUUCCCAGCAGGUCACCGACAUCAUCAGAGACUGUCCAGCAGUGGUGCUGGAGGACUUGAAUCAGCUGGAGUACAAAUUUCAGUAUGUCUACUUCAGAAUGGGUAUCAAACAGGCGGAGAUGGUGAAGUGCCGACUUUUCCGUUUCAGUCUAGAUGAGGUCCGGUGUCGACACACUUUUUUGGAGCGACGGGGCCAGUAUGAAACCCCGGACAAAAAAGGACAGACAACGAUCGUCAACCCCAAACUGGACAGCGUCCUUAACGUUGACCAGGACACCUUCCUCACACAUGUUGCCCGGGCGUCAGCAGAGGAGUAUGAUGUGUUUAAAAGACUGGUAUCAAGGGAGUGGCGGGAAGAGGAGCUGCAGCAGGGCAGGAUUGAACCUGAUAGUGAUGGUGAUGAUGACAGUGAUGAAGAUGAGGAUACAGGAGGAAAAAGUGGAUAUGGGAAAAAAAGAAAGAAGUGACUGUUGAAUCAAGCAUUUUUAUUAAGUCCUAUAGAAUAUUAUCUGAACCACCCAUGGAAACAUAAUAUUGUGGUUGCGCUCAUGAAGAGCCUUCCACUGUGGAGUUGAUUUAUGUAACUGGCUUCAUCAGGAUCUGAGCUGUGAUGACGUUAGUGUGAGACUGUGGGUCAGUUCUAACUCUUGGGUGUGAAAAAUGUCUCCCAGAUAAUCUUUUUGUCAAACUGUCAGUAAGAUUUUUGACUUUCCUUAAUUGAUUUCAUAAAUUAAGUUCAUUUCAGAGGCUUGACUUGUGAGUUGCAUUGAAACCAAGAGGAAACUGCCAGUCCAGUAGGUUUAAAUGGAUUUUAAAAUAAAUUCUCACAAUGCAAUAAACUCCUUGAGCAAAAAAACAUUGUAAAAGCUACGGUGUGGGUAGCUCCACCUUGUUACUACGUGACAACCAAGCGGUUGUAGCGCUGUGUGUACCUAUAUUAUCUCUCUGAGUCAACAAAGAGCACAUUCAGAAAGAGCCGGUCAGUGAGAUGAGUGAUACAGAGCACCCGUUUAUUUAUUUGAGCAUUAAUGGAUGUGCACCACAGGCAGGUUUUUCCAUUUU